AUGUGUUUCGCAGCGACGGGGGCGGUGGCGCCGGGCGGGCUGACUGCGCUGAUGGGCGGCAGCGGCGCGGGCAAGAGCUCCCUCAUGGCCGCGCUGGCGCACCGCCUGCCAGCUGGGCUGACGGCGGACGGGGACAUCCGCGUGAACGGGCGGCCCGUGGGGGACUUCAUGCAUCGCCUCAGCGGCUACAUGCACCAGGAGGACCUGUUCGUGGCCGAGCUCACCGUUCGCGAGCACCUCACCUUCAUGAGAUGUAAGAGGAUGCUGACGGACCCGCCGCUGCUGUUCUGCGACGAGCCGACGACGGGGCUGGACGCGUACAGCGCGCACAAGCUGGUGCACAUGAUGCAGCGGGUGGCGCUGCAGGGCCGCACCGUGCUCUGCACCAUCCACCAGCCGUCGUCCGAGCUGUUCGCGCUGUUCCACCAGCUGGUGCUGGUCGCCGACGGCCGCGUCGUCUUCAUCGGCGACGCGCCCAGCGCGCUCGACUUCUUCGCAGGGCACGGCUACCGCUGCCCGGAGGCGUACAACCCGGCUGAGUUCUUCAUGCGCGCGCUGGCGCUGACGCCGGGCUCCGAGGAGAGCAGCCGCGUGGCAAUCCGCCGCCUGUGCGAGCACUUCGCCGUCAGCGACGCCGCGCGCCGCGUCGACCUCACCGUGCGCCUGCAGCAGCGCCUCGGGGACGCCGAGGAGCACAAGGCACUGCUGAGUAAACAUGUAUGGUAG